UUGUGGGAAAUUAGCUUUAUUUGUCGUUGAGAUGGCAGGCGUGCAGCCGCCUCCCCUCCGGAGUUGGGACGACUUUCUCUUGAGUUCGGCCCGGUUCUCCGUGCCGGACCUGCGGGACCUGGACCGCUGGAACAACCGCAUGAUCAACAACCUGCUGUACUACCAGAGCAACUACUUCCUGUCUGCGCUGGCCUUUCUGCUCAUCGUGGGGUACUUCCAGCCCGUCCAGCUGUUCGUUGGGGCGACAGUGGUCACCUUGUUUUUCCUGGGCUUUGUCUGGGCCGCUGAGAAUCGAGCUCCCAUUCGUCGUUUCCGUAGAAACCAUCCAUCGAUGUCUGUGCUGGCCAUUCUUGUGGCCAGUUAUUUCUUCGUGUCAGUGUUGGGAGGAGUGGCUGUGUUUCUGUUUGGGAUAGCAUUUCCUAUACUAAUGGUUCUGAUCCACGCGUCCACGAGGCUGCGCAACCUGAAGAACAAGCUGGAGAACAAACUGGAGAGCAUCGGUCUGAAGAGGACACCCAUGGGACUGCUGCUGGAGGCCCUGGGACAGGAACAGGAGGCUGGAUCUUAGAGGCAAUGAGGAGGAGGAAGGGCAAGGGUUGGCUAAAAACAGGAAGAGAGGAGUGUGAUGAGAAGGAAGAUGGAGGUUACAGUGACAGAUGAAAUGUACAUUCAUCUACAAACAUGUUUGGAGUAAUUUCUAAACUGUUUUAGACAAAUCUGCACUUUAAGUACGGAGGGGGGGGGGUGUCAUUCAUGAUCAUUACUGUUUAUCUUUGUUUAUAUGUUGUGUUCUGACACGAGGUCUUCUGGUUGUCUCAGUUCCAAUCCCACCAGUGAUAGGAACCAGUAGACCACCUACCUUCCCCUGCAGACUGGACAGAACCAGAGUUCUGGACGGUCGUUCCUCUGAUCAUGUGACCAAACGUAAUUCAUCAUUUAAUCCACUUCUCCAUGUUUAUCAUGGUGGAAUAAAAAUGAAGUUUUGUCCAGUGUGUCUAUAAGAAAUGGUUGUUGAGGCAGAAUUUAGAAUAACUGUAUUCAACAGUAUGUCCUGGAAAGUCCAGGAUUUUAGGGCGACAACGGUGGGUGUCCGUCUGCUGCAGACCGGAAAAAAUGAAGUCCAGGAUUUAGUU